ACCACCUUUCUAUCCAAACCAAAGCAAAAGAGUCUCUUCUCUCUUAUCUCUCUUUCUACAUAUCAAUGGCAUUGCCAAAGUCCUCCUUUACCAUCCUCUUCUUCUUCAUCUUCUUGUUUGUUUACAGUGCUAAUGCCGGAGGUUCAGAUGGUUGGCAAGCUGCCCAUGCAACAUUCUACGGUGGUGGUGAUGCCACCGGAACAAUGGGUGGGGCUUGUGGAUAUGGAAAUUUAUAUAGUCAAGGAUACGGUACAAACACAGCAGCACUAAGCACAGCGUUGUUCAACAAUGGACUUAGCUGUGGAUCUUGCUAUGAGAUGAAGUGUGAUGAUGAUCCUCAAUGGUGUUUGCCAGGAUCCAUUAUGGUCACAGCCACCAACUAUUGUCCUCCAAACUAUGCUCUUUCUAACACUAAUGGUGGCUGGUGCAACCCUCCUCUCCAGCACUUUGAUCUUGCUGAACCUGCUUUUCUUCAGAUUGCUCAAUACCGUGCUGGUAUUGUGCCAGUCUCUUUUAGAAGAGUACCUUGUGUGAAGAAAGGUGGAGUGAGAUUCACCAUCAAUGGACAUUCAUACUUUAACUUGGUGUUGAUAAGUAACGUGGGUGGUGCUGGAGAUGUGCAUGCAGUGUCUAUCAAAGGGUCUAAGACAGGGUGGCAAACCAUGUCACGUAAUUGGGGCCAAAACUGGCAAAGUAACUCAUACUUAAAUGGACAAAGCCUGUCUUUUAAAGUAACCACUAGUGAUGGCCGGAUGAUCACUGCCUACAACGUUGCUCCUGCAGGGUGGCAGUUUGGCCAAACCUUUGAAGGUGGUCAAUUCUAAAUCAAUGGGUUAAUUAUAUAUUAUGUGUCUUUAGAGAGGUACUGUUUGGUAAUGCAGAGGUUGCUUAAUUAAUUAGCACCCGCUAAUGCCUAAGUACCUUUUUUUUUUAAUUAGUUAGUGAUUAAUGAAGAAUGAUAAAGAUGUGAAGGUUGUGGGUUUAUGUAUAGGUUGAUAGGUAAGAGGGGAGGGUUUCAUUUAUUGGCUUGUUUGUGGCCUUGUGAUGUGCUUUUUGGACAAUUGGAGAAAAGCCAAUUGAAUUUGAAGCCAUGCAUUUAUGUGUAAGAGAGGAGAACAUGG